AUGGCAUCGAUGCUCUCGCCCAACAAGAACACAUCGCUCCUCCACGCAGGAUACCAUCACCCCGUCCACAGGACAUGGCAGGCCGGCACUCCCAUCAACAAGGACAUGCUCAUGUACCCCAUCUUUGUCACUGACAACGACGAUGUCGAGGAGAAGAUCGACUCCCUCCCUGGUCAAUCUCGCUGGGGAAUCAACUUGUUGGUCAAAUUCUUGACGCCCUUGGUCGCCAACGGCCUCAAGUCCGUCAUUAUCUUUGGUGUCCCCGUCAACAUCAAGAAGGAUGCUGUCGGAUCUGCAGCAGAUGAUCCCAACACCCCCGCGAUCCGCGCCCUCAAAGUCCUCAGCAAAGCAUUCCCCAACCUUCUCUUGGCCUGCGAUGUCUGUCUCUGCCCUUACACCUCUCACGGCCACUGCGGUGUCCUCCGCGAGGACGGUACGAUCAACAACCGUGCUUCGGUCCAGCGUUUGGUCGAUAUCUCGAUGGCUUAUGCUCGUGCCGGAUGCCAGAUGAUCUCGCCCAGUGACAUGAUGGAUGGUCGUAUUAAGGCUAUCAAGGAUGCCCUUGUUGAGGAGGGUAUUGCCCACAAGACCAGCUUGAUGGCUUACUCUGCCAAGUUUGCCUCUGGCUUCUAUGGACCCUUCCGUGACGCAUGCCACUCGACCCCUGGAAGUGGAGACCGCAAGUGCUACCAGCUCCCACCCCAGGCUCGCGGCCUCGCACGCCGUGCCCUGGUGCGUGAUAUGAACGAGGGUGCAGAUGUGUUGAUGGUCAAGCCAGGAACUCCCUACCUGGAUAUUCUUCGGGACGCUCGUGAGAUUGCCCCCGAUUACCCUCUCUCAGUCUACCAGGUCUCGGGCGAGUAUGCCAUGAUCUGGCACUCUGCCAAGGCUGGUGUCUUUGACCUCAAGACGGGAGUCAUGGAGAGCAUGGACGGUUUCGUCCGCGCCGGUGCCAACUUUAUCUUGACCUAUUAUACUCCCCAAAUCUUGGAGUGGCUCAAGGAGGAGAACAACAACUAG